CUGAUGGCCUAGAUUAGACACACCAACAUUUCAACCGAUAACAAUAACCCAACACAUAUUUUACAAAGCAUAAAUAACCGGAAGACAACAAUCAAAGAACAGGGAGGAUUUUCCCACCUCCACUGAGAAAAAGAGAGAUCGACAUUCCGUGCAAUCAGUAAUGAGAUUGCUCAUUGUAAGUUUCGGACCGCCUGAACAAGUGAGGCCUGAACGGAGUGAGCUUCCCGACGUAAGGCUACCCAUUGCAAUUAUUGUACCUGAUUCCCAUCCCUCUUUGCACCCAAUCCCCAUUCCCAUCCUGAAAGAGGGAGAAGAAACAGAGAGGAAGACGAAAAUGGACUGAAUUUUGGCUCUGAAUUUUUUCUUGGUAAAGACAAGUUUCAACUUUUGACCUAAUCCUAACCGCGUGGCAUGUUAUAUCCCAUUUGAUGCAAUAAACGGUGUAAAUAAAAGGUACUGCAAUUCCCUGCAAUACCUAGGAAUCCUGGUCCAUAAACUUGCAUAUUUUGGACUCACGAAUGCCAGGGAAACCAUUGAUAAUUUACUCUUGAGAUUUUCUCUUUGGUUUUCAAUAAUACACCUUCCUAAAGAUGUUCAGAUAUGUUUAUGGAAAGUAUCAUAUCAACAACUUCUAUUUAAAGUUCCAAUCCCCACUUGGGCGCACAUGCAUGUGUUUGUCUCUGAGAGACACAGAAUCAUGGGCUGCGGCAAGUCGAAGAGCAAGGAUCCAGACGUUUUCUCAGUUGUGCACCAAAAGAAUGUCCUCACAAGUUGCAGCACAACACGUAGUAAAGGAGACAAGAAUGGUGCCCCGGAGAAAGAUAUGAUGCCUCGUGCAGACGAGGAAAAGCCUGUAAGAGAAGAGCAUGAUGUUUUAGAAAAAGAAAAGCUUAUUGCAGUGGAGAAACCUGAUUCAGAUGAUGAUGAAAUUGAAACUUAUUAUUCAGCAGAGGAUGAAGAACCUGAACCAGAGGAUGAAGAGCCUUUCUAAAAGGAAAGUGAAACAGAAAAUUUUAUCUGGGAUCUUAUACCAUAAUUACAUGUUCCUCGGAGGUGUUUUCCAACUGUUCUUUGACAGUUGUGUCUAGGAAAUUUUCCAUAGUAUAAUGAAUUAGAUUUGAUGGUGUAGACUGUAGACUUCCAAUAUCCUGUUGGGCAACAUAGAUGUAAUCAAAGACAGAUAAGAAAAUUGAUUUGUGUUGAAUGAGGA